CAACAGUAGUGAUGGCGGCCCCCAACCAACACCAGGCUGUCAAUACCACCUCACUCUCUAACAACUAUGAAUUUAUCUGUGAAUUCCGUGCCAGCGGGGUCGUUCCUGUGGUCAAGUACAGAAGUAAACGUACAGGGAUGCACAUAUUGUUGGCGAAGGUGGAGGGACCUCUUGUCAACGGGUAUUUUACUGUAGCAACUGAGGCGCACGAUGAUGAUGGAUUGCCACACACACUGGAACACUUGGUGUUUCUAGGGAGCGAAAAGUAUCCAUUUAAGGGUGUGCUUGACCUGCUAGCCAACCGCUGCCUUGCAUCAGGAACCAAUGCUUGGACAGACACAGACCACACGGCAUACACCGUCCAGACGGCCGGCAGUGAAGGCUUCCUUAAUUUGUUACCAAUUUACCUGGAUCACCUGCUGUACCCUACUCUUACUGAAUCAGGCUUUACCACAGAAGUGUAUCAUAUUACUGGAGAAGGGGAAGAUGCUGGAGUCGUUUAUUCGGAGAUGCAGGCCCGUGAGAAUUCUGACAAUGACCGUACUUACCGAGCCUUGCUGCAAGCCAUGUAUCCAGAGCCUAGUGGUUAUCGCUCAGAGACUGGUGGCAUCAUGAAGAACCUUCGAGAGAGUACCUCAAAUGAAAAGAUUCAGAAUUAUCAUCAUACCUUCUACCGUCCUGAGAAUCUUAACGUCAUCAUCACAGGUCAAGUUGAGCUGGAAGAAGUAUUUGCUGCCUUAGAACCUGUGGAACAAAACAUUCUUUCAAAGGGAGACCGUGGGCCUUACACCAGACCCUGGCAGAGUCCUGUGCCACCCUUAUUAAACUCAGUGGAUGAGCUGGUGCAGUACCCCAGUGAUACUGAAGAUACUGGCAUGGUUAUUGUUUCCUGGCGAGGACCCUCUGCUGUUGAGCAGGUCAAUGAACUGUUGAGUAUGGGAGUCUUGAUGGAGUACCUAACACAUUCUUCUGUGUCUCCACUGCCCAGUGUCUUUGUUGAAACUGAAGAUCCUCUCUCCAGUAGUGUCCAUCAUAGUUGCUACGAAAAUUCCAUUUCUGCCUGCUACUUUGAGUUCAGCGGGGUACCACGUCAGAAGAUUGACGAUGUGAAUCCUCUGCUCAUGGCUACUCUGACACAAUUGGCUACUGGCCAAACCACCAUAGAUAUGCGAAUUAUGAAAGACAUUCUUAUUAACUUGAUGUUGAGACAAGAUAGUCGUUUAGAAACUUCACCUCAUGCCACAAUUGCUGACCACAUAAUCGGAGACGUGCUUUAUGGAAAUACCUGUGAACAUUUGGACACUCGCCUUAACAAAAAAAGCUGGUAUGAACACCUCUUGAAGGAACCAUGCAAGUACUGGGUUGGCUUAAUUCGCAAAUAUUUCAUAGAUGGCCCCUCGGUUGUCAUUCGUGGAGUACCAUCUAUAGCUGAAGCCACCAGGUUAGAAGAGGAGGAAAAGAGGAGGGUGGAAACCAGAAAGUUGGAGCUAGGCGAUGAGGGUCUGAAAGUGUGGAAAGAAAGGGUUGAAAAGGCCAAGGAAACCAAUGAGAUUCCUCCACCAGGGGAGAUGCUGCAGUCAGUACCAGUGCCUGGGUUAGAGAGCAUCAACUUCCACCCACUGAGGGCAUAUGCAAAUCACCUGGAGACUCAGCCCAAUCAUGGACAGCCAGAGCCCAACCUACCCACCCUGCUUAGUCAACUCCCUGUCAAGUUCCAGCUAGAUGAUCUACACUCCAACUUUGUAGAAAUAAUAGCCGUGUUGGACACAUCAGCUGUUCCAGCACCACUUCGUCCAUACCUCUCCCUUCUGUUGGACCUGUUGUUUGAAUCUCCAGUGGUGCGGGGAAAUUCCCUCAUACCUUAUGAGGAGGUAGUACAGGAACUCGCAGCUGACACGUUAUCCCGAGAAACUGUAUUAGGGUUGUCACUUCACAGUCGCAAGUUUUCCUGUGCCUCAUACUGCACUAAUGCUGCUGUCAUCCUAAAGACUGAGAUGUCCAAGUAUGAAAAAGGAGUGCAGUGGAUGCAUGACAUUUUGUUCAAGAGUCGGUUCACCACACAACGUGUUAAAGUGAAGGCCAACAAACUUGUUAACUCUAUUGGAGAAAGUAAACGCAGUGGACCCACACUUCUGCAGCUCAUGUUCCAUGGUGUGGCCUUUAGAAAUGACAGCAACCAGAACCAGCAGAAUAUUCUGAGGCAAGAAAAAUUCCUCAACUAUAUUCUCAAUAGAUUGAAUACUGAAGAAGAAAAAGUUCUUGGAGAGUUAGAGCAGGUUCGAAGUGCUAUUGUUCACAAGGAUCGUAUAACAAUACAUAUGGCAACUGAUGUGGAAAAAUUAUCAACUCUAGGUGACCCACUGGCUCCUUGGCUGAAUUUUGUGUCUAAAAAGGAAACUCCAAAAGAAAGAUUACUUAACAUAAUACCAGAUAGUGAACUACUGUCCCAUGAAAACUUAGGCAAUAUAACUGGAUUCUUGACUGGUGUUGGAUCAGUCGAGUCAGCAUAUUUGUUGCAGUCAACCAGUUGUGUCACUGAGCACAGAGAUUGGGAUGUUCCAGCAAUCCUUACUGCCAUUCAGUAUCUCACUCAACUGGAGGGGCCAAUGUGGAGGGAAAUUAGAGGACAGGGUCUGGCUUAUUCCUACAGUAUAAACCUCAAUCCCACACAAGGUUUACUUAUAUUGAAGCUGGCUAGAGCUGCUCAGUUGACUGGAGCUUACCGGGAGGCACAGGAUAUUCUGAAUUCCCACAUUAAUGGAACAGCGCCAUGGGACUUAAACUUACUGGAAUCAGCACGCAGCUCUCUAAUUUUUGAAAUAAUCGAGAGGGAAGCAGUGAUAUCAGAUGUUGUUCAGCAGUCACUCUUGGCAUACUUUCGAAGGGUUCCUCAUUCAUACAACAAAGACCUGAUUGAUAAAAUUACAAGAGUUACACUUAGUGAUGUUAAGAGAGUUGCACUGAAGUACUUCAAACCUCUUGUUCAACCCAGCACAUCCCGAACUGUUAUUGUGUGUCAUCCGUCUAAUGUUGAGGAGACGGCGGCUGAGAUGGAAAAGUAUGGCCACAAGUUGCGUGUUAUUGACUCCCUGGAAGACAGCAGGUUUGCUUAGCUUCAAAAUCACACCACAUUAUAUCUACAACAGUGUUCCACAUAAUUUUUAACAAAAUAGCAUUCAGAAGUAUUUCAAUAAAGGUAGAGGAAACAGUUUUGUGAAUAUUUUGCUUUUUUUUCAAGAGUUGGUGCACUGUUACUAUUGCCUGGAGGAAUUUAUUUUGAAUAUUAUUAAUACUAAUUUGUUGUUUUGUAGGCUUCUGAUUUUAGAGUGUUCCUAAAGCUUGUGUUUUACACGACUACCAUGUGAUAUUCAUACAGUUUAUUGUAUUGUGAUUAUGGGUAGAAACAUUUUACAGUACAAUGGAAAUGCUGAUUUUAUUAUUUUAUAUCAGAGAAGAGUCAGCAAACAUCACACACACAUUCAUACCAUAUACAGUGACUUUCCUAAUGCAAUUAUUAUUGCCUAUAGAUAGUGGUCUAGUGGUAAAGGUUAAUAUCUUUUAAUACAAGAUGAAUGAUCAAAGUAUUAAAGCAAAGUAUUCACCACAGCUUUUCAAAUGACAUUUCUGGUGAAAAUGGCUGCUUAAAGACUUAGUCUUUUGCUAAUUGUAAACAACUAAUUGUUGAUAUGUAAGAGAGGCAGGGAAGUGUCUCUUCUUAAAAGUAAUAGAGCUAGGAAUAGCACUUUCUAUUGUUUAUAAACAGUGUCAUCAUUUUUUGCUUGUGCAGAGCUAAUAAACAAAGACUUAACUA